AUGCUGGGGACCCACGUCGUCUGCAUGCUGAUCGUGGACGCAAACGCAAAACUCAUGGUCGAAACAGUCAAAAUCGAAACUACAAACUUUCCCUCUUCCCCCCCUCCUCCUCCUCCUUCCCGCCGCUCCACUCGCCAGACUGGUAGGGUUAGUCCUCUCGCUUUGGCAGCCAGGACUUUCGUUCCCUUUUAGACAAUCCUAGAAGCAACCGAACGGAACGAAGGACGGCGCUACUGGCUCGGGAAGUGGCGUGCCAUAAGGUUGACAUCGGUGGACUCAGCGAGACCCGCUUAUCCGAAGAAAAUCAACUGGGAGAGGUGGGUGCUGGCUACACCUUCUUCUGAGGCGGUCACUCAAGGCAGAGAGAUGGGACGCGGGCGUCGUCUUUGCUAUUCGCAAUGAUAUCGUGGGACGACUGCCCUGUCUUCCUCAGGGCACCAACGAUUACAUGAUGAGCCUCUACCUGUCUCUCCGCGGAGGCAAAUUCACCACCAUCGGCAGCGUCUAUGCCCAACGAGGCGAAGAACAAAUUCUACGAGGACCUGCACGCAAUCCUGGCGUCUGUGUCGAAGGCUUUGGUGACUCCAAAGUCUGCGUCGGAACAGAUCAUGCUGUGUGGAGAGAGAUGCUAGAUCCCCAUGGUCUCCACGGUCCAAAGACAAUGGCCUGCUCCUUCUCUGCACCUGCGGAGAACACCGAGUCAUCCUGA